AUGUGGCAUCUUGCAUCUCAGGGGAGCAGGGGAGGUAUCAGCUGCAGUUCUUCUGAUAAGUGCCUGCUCCUUCUCUCAGGACAGACAGAGCAGUUCUGUCCCGGUAAAAGUAAUUCAUCUUUGGAGAGCAACUUGGAGGGCCUAGCUGGUGUUUUGGAAGCUGAUCUGCCAAACUACAAAAGCAAGAUACUAAGGAUACUAUGUACUGUUGCACGUCUGUUACCAGAAAAACUUACUGUUUACACGACACUAGUUGGGUUGCUGAAUGCCAGGAACUACAAUUUUGGUGGGGAAUUUGUAGAAGCCAUGAUUCGUCAGCUUAAGGAAUGUCUGAAAGUCAAUAUGCAUAAUGAAGCUGUGCAUUUAGUUCGUUUUCUGUCUGAUCUUGUGAAUUGUCAUGUAAUAGCUGCACCUUCAAUGGUAGCUAUGUUUGAGAACUUUGUGAGUGUGACACAGGAGGAAGAUGUACCCCAGGUACGAUGUGACUGGUAUGUGUUUGCAUUUCUGUCAUCUUUGCCUUGGGUUGGGAAGGAGUUAUAUGAGAAAAAGGAUGCAGAAAUGGAUCGCCUCCUGUCUCAGACAGAAAGCUAUUUGAAACGCCGCCAAAAGAUCCAUGUACCCAUGCUGCAGGUUUGGACUGCUGAUAAACCACAUCCACAAGAAGAGUAUUUAGACUGCCUUUGGUCCCAGAUUCAGAAGCUGAAAAAAGACCGUUGGCAAGAGAGACACAUUCUGAGGCCCUACUUGGCUUUUGACAGCAUUCUUUGUGAAGCACUGCAACACAACCUGCCUCCCUUCACUCCUCCACCUCACACUGAAGAUUCAGUGUACCCAAUGCCAAGGGUUAUUUUUCGGAUGUUUGACUACACGGAUGACCCCGAGGGCCCUGUCAUGCCUGGCAGCCACUCUGUUGAACGGUUUGUUAUAGAAGAGAACCUGCACUGCAUCAUCAAAUCCCACUGGAAAGAGAGAAAGACUUGUGCUGCACAGUUGUUGAGCUAUCCAGGAAAUAACAAGAUCCCCUUGAACUACCACAUAGUAGAGGUGAUAUUUGCAGAACUGUUUCAACUUCCAUCUCCACCACACAUCGAAGUAAUGUAUACAACACUCCUGAUUGAGCUGUGCAAACUUCAGCCUGGCUCUUUACCACAAGUUCUUGCGCAAGCCACAGAAAUGCUCUACAUGCGUUUGGAUACAAUGAAUACAACAUGUGUGGACAGAUUUAUCAACUGGUUUUCUCACCACUUGAGCAACUUCCAGUUCCGUUGGAGCUGGGAAGACUGGUCAGACUGUCUUACUCAGGACCUUGAAAAGCCCAAGCCCAAAUUUGUGAGGGAGGUUUUGGAAAAGUGCAUGCGACUCUCCUACCAUCAGCGGAUAAUAGACAUUGUUCCUGCCAGUUUUUCUGUCCUCAGUCCUGCUAAUCCAGUGUGCAUUUACAAAUAUGGAGAUGAAAGUAAUAGGUCUCUUCCUGGAUAUUCUGUCGCACUCUGUUUAACAAUUGCAAUUAAAAAUAAGGCCAGUAAUGAUGAAAUCUUCAGCAUUUUAAAAGACGUCCCUAAUCCAAACCAGGAUGAUGAUGAUGAAGGAUUUACCUUCAACCCUCUGAAAAUAGAAGUCUUUGUUCAGACUCUGCUCCAUCUAGCUGCAAAGUCUUUCAGCCACUCCUUCAGUGCCCUGGCAAAGUUUCAUGAAGUCUUCAAAACACUUGCUGAAAGUGAUGAGGGGAAACUCCAUGUUCUGAGGGUUGUAUAUGAGGUUUGGAAGAAUCAUCCACAGAUGAUUGCUGUGCUUGUGGACAAGAUGAUUCGGACACAAAUAGUUGACUGUGCUGCAGUAGCAAACUGGAUCUUCUCUUCAGAGCUUGCACAUGAUUUUACUAGGUUUUAUAUCUGGGAGAUCUUACAUUCCACAAUCCGCAAGAUGAAUAAGCAUGUUCUGAAGAUCCACAAAGAGCUGGAGGAGACUAAGGCAAGAUUGGCCAGGCAGCACAAAAGAAGAGACAGUGAUGAUGACGAUGAUGAUGAUGACCGAAGCAGUGAUCGGGAAGAUGGACCACUAGAAGAGCAGAUAGAGCGUUUGCAGGAAAAAGUGGAGUCAGCCCAGAGUGAACAAAAGAAUCUCUUCCUUGUUAUAUUCCAGCGUUUCAUUAUGUUGUUGACUGAGCACUUAGUGCGCUGUGAGACUGGUGGAAUUGAUGUAUUUACACCUUGGUACAAGAGCUGUAUAGAGAGGUUGCAGCAGAUCUUCCUGCAGCAUCACCAGAUAAUCCAGCAGUACAUGGUGACCCUAGAGAACCUCCUGUUUACAGCUGAACUGGACCACCACAUCCUGGCUGUGUUUCAGCAGUUCUGUGCUCUGCAGGCCUGAGGAUUACUCAUGAGCAGAGUCUUUGUCUGCAGGACUUGAAAGAAUUUUAAUUUUUUUCUUUACUUAAUGGGGAUGCAAGAAUUUUUUGACUAAAACUGGCUUUCAUGUGCUC